CCAGACUUUCAUUUGCUCACAGCACCUGCCGCAGUCUGACAUCGCCAGCAUGAGUUGUGUCACCAAGUUCAUACUGCUCCUUAUAGUCGCUGCAUGUGUCCAAGGUACAGACUGCCGACUUAAUGGAGAGCAACUACGACAGUUGCUGCAGAAGAUAUAUUCUCUUCCCGAACGACGACAUGAAGUAUCUCGUAGAAACAUCGCAGAUCUAUCAAAUAUUCGAGGUACUGGAAUAUUCCAGGAACCAUCUUCAAGAGAUCUCGACGUUGGUUUCGCUGUUGGAGUCAAAGAUGAUAGUAAUGACAGUGAUCUGAUCAACGAUCACCAGUGGAAAGCUUCAUAUUCGCCGAUUUCUAUUUCUAACAUCAAUCAACUCAACCCUGGCUCAAAUUCUCUAGAAGAACCAUCAUCAAAAGAACUUAACAUUGGAGUAUUCGUGGAUCCAAAGAACGGUGUAUCAUAUUACAAUCCGGGAUAUGUACCAAGAAUCAGUUUGAAUGUUAAACCAGUAGUUGACGAUAUACUUCAGGAGAAAUAUGAUCCCCUGGUACACAGCGUGGGACAGCCUAAUUCUGGGAUUGUCCCAAACGUACAUCCUGUACUAUUUAAUCCUUACCAAAAAUCUCUCUUGAUUAAUCCUUCCAGUUUUGGUCUAUAUUCCACAUCUAGUCCAAUAACAGAUUAUUUGGGAAGCUCCACUGACAGAGCCUACAAAUUGAAUAGGCUUCCUUAUCCUUACCAGACCGAUCCUGAACUAACGUCUCUCACAGGUGUCACCUCUCGGUUCGCGCGUCUAGAUGCCGAGAGGAUUCCGAAUUUGAAUCAGUUACAGCAUAUCAACUACCCGUACCGUGGUCCUUACCAACAACCAUUCAAUGUUGCAGGCAAAAUUUCCUACAGCCCGACGCGUUUCAAUGAUAUUUCAGACACAUUCCCUGAAAAGUUGUAUCAGCAACUGAUCGCAGCAAACAAGUUAGAUUACAGUACAAAUCCUGAAAGUUAUCCUCCUUUCAGUGUCGUAAGGCAUUAUGAAAAGUUUUACGGUCGAGUUCCUAACCCUGUGGCCGACAUCAGGUAUUUUCCACCUUCGGAGAACCUACAGAAUGUGAUCCGUGUAGAGGAAAACCUUCCUAAAGGAACCUACAGGUAUGUUGCUGAACCAGUUGUGAUUAGGCAUGAACGAGAACAACCAGAAGUGAUCUUGAACCAGCAAGGAGCACCCGUGAUAUCAGCUCAGCCAUAUGGGAAUCACGAAGUGGGGACCUUCAGACUGAGGAAUGAUCAUGGCUACCAAGUCCAGAUGGACGUCCCGCCAGCUCCCACCGACCAGUCUUCAGACGGUGUCUUGGUCAUGGAGAUGAAAGCGACUCUCUACCGUCCCUUGGAUUAAAAUAUCCCUCUAGAUUCCAUAAAUAAGGCUUCUAGUUCAUGUACAGAAGUUGAUCGUCAUUUUUUUCGGUCGAAGUGCCCCGUUAAGCCAGCCCCGAAAUACAAUAAUCCAUUCAGUCUAGGAAAAGUUGCAAAGAAUUUACAAGGGGAGAAAAACAUUUGCCCACAUAGCAUUAUACAUCGAAGUUAUCGGCCAAUUGAUUAACUAAUGACAUUACAUUUGAAAUUUUCAAUGGGGUAAAUAUUCUUAUUGGAAUCUUCUUGAAUACAACGUCGUAUAAUCUGGAGGCUGGGUGAAAAUAUUUCCAAAGAACACAUUACAACUCUAUUUAUGCUAAUCUGAAGAUGGAGGCAGUACGUUUCUGCAAAACGACAGGCUGCCAUACUGCAAUGUGUCAUUACUCAGAAGACUGCAACAUAUUUCAGUGCUUAGGUUAACUUUGUUUUGUUCGUGCUUUAAUGAGUAAUAAAUACAUCCUUCUUUUUCUUAUUAA